AUGGCCCCCAAUCCAAGAGUUAUAAAGGCCUUUAGGGCUACGAGGGCCUUAGGAAUUUCUGACGAAGAGGUGAAGCCCGUGUUGAAAAAGUUGUUAAAAGUUUAUGAUAAAAGCUGGGAGCUUAUUGAAGAUGACAAUUAUCGCACACUCGUAGAUGCAUACUUCGAGUAUAAGGAAGAUAAGGGAGGUGAAGGGAAGAGAAAAGCUCCUUUCAGUUGUCAUGGUGGAGAGAGACCCAUACAGAAACUGCACUUGGUAGAUGAAGUUGACCAGGUUCCAACAACCAUGGACAACUCAAGCCAAAUGUUAUAUGCAGAAGACAAUAAAACACCACCGAAGACUUCUCAACAGGAAAUCACUGAGCCAUCUCAAACAUUAGUGCAAGAUAUUAAGCCUGUAACUAGUUCAGAUGCAUCACAUAAAAUGUUGAGUGAGGUAGAAAAUAUCUCACUUUUUCCUUGCGUGGCAGCUAAAGAUAGAAAAUCAUAUCCCCAGAAAGUAUCAUCCACAGGGCAUUCUGGUCAUUAUGAGAAAGAGAUUGUGAAGCCAAGAACCAAGAAAGGCUUAUCUGAGGCUUCAAAUGGAAAUCAUUGUAUCAAAUUUCUGUCAACUGAGGAUCAGGAUAUGCAUAGUAAAGAUGCUACAUCAGCAUGCAACAACACCACCACAACUUGUAAGGGGAACAUUAUUAUUGCUUCUUCACAUCUAGGAGAAGUUAAAAUAUCUUUAAAUUGUGACUAUGCCUUGGGACAACCAAACUUCUGUAUUCCUAAUUUGGAUUUGCAAGCUCUUACUAAAGAUGAAAGGGAUUCCUUUCAUUUUAUCAGUGACAUAGCAAAAGGUUCAGAAAAGGUGAAAAUAUCAUUAAUAGAUGAAAUUGGUGGUGAGGAUUUGCCAAAAUUUAAUUACACACCACAUAAUAUAAUAUACCAAAGUGCUAAUGUAAAUAUUUCAUUGGCUCGUAUUGCGGAUGAGGGUUGCUGUUCUGAUUGUUCAGGCGACUGUCUUUCCUUAUCAUUGCCUUGUGCAUGUGCUCAGGAAACUGGGGGAGAGUUUGCUUACACUCCUCAAGGUUUGUUGAAAGAAGAAUUUCUAACAUCUUGUAUGUCUAUGAAGGAUGAUCCUCAAGAUCAUCAUUUUGUGUACUGUCAAGAGUGUCCAUUGGAGAAGUCCAAACGAUGCAAGGGACAUCUGGUUAGGAAAUUUAUAAAAGAAUGUUGGAGGAAAUGCGGAUGUGACAUGCGUUGUGGAAAUCGUAUAGUGCAACGAGGUUUAACAUGCAAAUUGCAGGUGUUCUUAACUUGCGAUGGUAAGGGCUGGGGCCUUAGAACACUAGAAGAUUUGCCCAAGGGAACUUUCGUAUGUGAAUAUGCAGGAGAAAUAUUAACCAAUACAGAGUUAGACGAAAGGAAUGUGCACAAUAGUGGCAAUGAUAGACAUACGUAUCCUGUAACUCUUGAUGCAGAUUGGGGUUCAGAAGGGGUGUUAAAGGAUGAGGAGGCACUAUGUUUAGAUGCAACAUGUAAUGGAAACGUUGCAAGAUUUAUCAAUCAUAGAUGCUCUGAUGCAAAUCUCAUAGACAUUCCUGUCGAAGUGGAGACUCCUGAUCACCACUAUUAUCAUCUUGCCUUCUUUACCAACAGGAAAGUGAGUGCGUAUGAGGAGCUGUCAUGGGAUUAUGGUAUCGAUUUUGAUGACCAUGACCAUCCAAUUAAAGCAUUUCGAUGUUGUUGUGGAAGCUCCUUCUGCUGUGAUAAGAAACAAAAAGGGAAAAGAAAAAUAGAAUCCGGUUCAUAUAACAAGAGAAAUGUCUGAAGUCUUUUACCAAAAAAAAGAAAGAAAAGAAAUGUCUGAAGUCAACCAAGUGAAGCAAUGUCUUGAACCAGUAGUGGAGGGGGGAGCGAAAUAAAUUUCUUGAGUCUUUGAUCUUCUUGAUACCUUCCCUGAAGAUUCUGUUGCUUACAUAAUAUGCAUUUUUCGGGAAAGGAACUAGAUUAUUGGAGAUGGAAACUAAGAAACUCCUGUCUCUAGAUGUACGGAU